CUACGGAGAGGCACCGCCCACGUGUCGCACACUAACCAAUCAGCAUAGCCUCCUCCUCCUGCUUCCUGCUGCUGGAAUCACGUGACCGUUCAGGCCGUUGUCCCGCAGUCCAGAGGCGGAUGGUGCUGCAGAUCUGUAUCCUCCAUGGCGGCAGUAGACAGCUUUCAUCUUCUGUACAGAGAGGUGGCCAGGUCUUGUCAGAACCAUUUGGAGUUUUUGGCUGUAGUGGGUGCCCUGUACACAGCUAGAAAGGGUCUCUGCAUCUUGUAUGAUUGCUACAGUCUGCUUAGACUUCAUGUUACCCCAUGUCUGCUCAGCAAGAAGGACCUUGUCCAGCACUAUGGAGAAUGGGCAGUGGUGACUGGUGCCACCAACAGCAUUGGCAAGGCAUAUGCGGAGGAGCUAGCAAAGUGUGGUCUGAAUAUCAUCCUGAUCUGCAGCAAGAGAGACCAGUUACACAAUGUGUCAGAGGCCAUCACUAGAACUUAUGGUGUUAACACCAACUUCAUUGAUGUAGAUUUCAGCCAGGGUCAAGAGGUGUAUCCUUCCAUUAGGGAAGCAUUGAGGAAUUUAGAUGUUGGCAUUCUAGUCAAUAAUGCUGGAGUGUUCGAUGAGAAUCCAGAACGUAUUGUUGAGAUUCCAGAAGAUAAAGUUUGGGAUACCAUUCAUGUCAACGUAGCUUCAGCUGUAAUGAUGGCUCAUAUAGUGCUCCCUGGAAUGGUAGAGAAGAAGCGAGGAGCCAUUGUCAACGUGAUAUCUGGAUCUGCUGGCAAAAGUGACUCUCAAACUGCUGCUUCUAAGGCUUAUCUGGAAACCUUCAGCAGACAAUUAGGUUCUGAUAUGUCGUCCAGUGGAAUAUUUGUGCAGUGUUUGACUCCUUUGUAUGUAGGAAGCAAAUCUUCCUCCUCUUCUGGAAUCUUACCAAUGUUUGCUCCAUCUCCUGAUGUGUAUGUUCACCAUGCAGUGAGAACACUGGGGUUCUCCACUAGGACCACAGGAUAUUGGGCUCAUUCAUUGCAGCUCCUUGCAUGUCGAUGGAUCCCUGGCUGGUUAUGUGGAUCAAUAGGAACAUUUCUCCAGCAGUAAACAAUGGACGUGAUGUUUUGACCAUGAUGAUGUCUUAGGCUGUUGUGUUGUUUUCACUGUUGUCAGUUAUUGCAUUUUUAUAAUUUGUUGUCAUUUAAACUCAAAGUGACAGCAUCUGGACAACAUGUUAAAAGUUUUUCAAAUGACAGUGAUGCUUUACAGGUUAUGUACUCCUUUACACUGAUUAUUUGUAUUGCUUUCUUUCCUGAUUGCAGAAUAUUUCUAAAUAGUCUUCAGUACUCAGAGAAAUAUAAAUUAAUCUGCUUUCUCAGUGUUAGAGAAAGCAACAGGAAGGAAACAGGAGAAGGUUACACCCCAGCUCAGAUAGUAGACAGGCAGUAGAGAAACCCUGAAGGGCAGCUCACACAUGCUGGAAUGAAAGCAGAGAGCAGAUUCAAGUCUGCUGGGGAUAAUCAUAUAGGUAGUUUACAAACAAAGAUAGAAAUGAACUCAUACAGCACACUUUAGAGGCUGCAGAAGCAAAAAUAGGCAAUAUUUUUAAUAAAAACCUUUGUUUUUGCACCAAUUACAAAGCUAGAAUAAAAGUUCAAAUAACUUAAAAGCUAGAAAUAAAAGAUGCUUUUCAGAGGUGCACAUAGUCUUUUAAGACUUUAAUAAAGACUUACUGUUGUUUGUGGA